AUGUUGCCCCUGAGCAGGACUUUCCUACCAGAAAGGGCAGUUCUAAUCGGCCGAAAUUUAGUUUUUAGUAGAGGUUUCAGUUUAACACAAAAUGUUCAAGGAUUGAAGGCUGUCAAGUUCUUGAAGGCACAGAGAAGAAGACAGAAAAAUGAAACUAGGCAGGUUAGUCUGAAAAAGUCGCUAGAUACUGUUGACCCAGUUUUGGGGCGUAAGGAUACACCAUUUGUGAACCGGGUUAUGGCGGAAUUAAAGGAGCCAAUGGUUUUGUCAGGCGGAUACGAUGCGAAGGAGGUUGAACGAUUGGUGGCUUCGGUAGAGGCCACCAAGACUGAGCAAUUGAAAAUCUCGGGUAUGAAUGAACAGCUUUUUGAACCUGAAAGCGAGCAAUUGUUAAAGUCAAAGCAUGAAGCUCUGUUGAGAAUCCUAAGUAUGAAAAAUGCAGAUAACAAAAGCUCGAUGAAAUUGGCAUUGCGUUUGGCCAGGGAAGAGUUUCAAAGGUUCUCUGGGGACACUGGAUCUAGUGAAGUACAAGCAGCCUGUAUGACAGUGCGUAUAUACAAUAUGGUUAAGCAUGUGCAGGACCACCACAAGGAUUUUGCCAACACAAGAAUCUUGAGGAUGCUAGUACAACAAAGACAAAGUAUUUUGAGGUAUUUGAAGAGGGACAACCCGGAAAAGUACUACUGGACUAUACAGAAGUUAGGAUUAACUGAUGGUUCUGUAACGCGUGAGUUCAAUAUGGACAGACAUUAUAUGCAAGAUUAUAAGUUCUUUGGUGAUAAAAUUCUAGUUAAAGACUCGAAGAAGGUUGCUGAUCAAAAGCGUAGAGAAAUGCGUAAGCAAAAAAGGGUUUCAAGGGCAGAAUAG